UUAGGUUUGGAACUAAUGUUUAGCUUUUUAUUAAACAUUUAUUCGAUACAAUUUCUAUUUUAUCCACUGUUAUGAUUUCCCAGCUGUACUAGAACAAAUGCGUCCUGAAUAAAUGCUACACAGAUUCCAUGUUUAUCCCGACUAAGAUACUUGCUUCCUCGAAGACAUAGUUUUCUUUAUGAAGAGUUUUUAUACGCCCAAAACAGCGGUUCAUUAUGUUAUGGUCCCGGUGUCCGUCCGUCCGUUAGCAAUUUCGUGUCCACUUUGUAACUCUUGAACCCCUUGAAGGAUUUCAAAGAAAAUUGACACAAAUGUUCACUACACCAAUACGACGUGCAGAGCGCAUGUUUUGAAUGUCAUUUCAAGGUCAAGGUCACACUUAUGGGUCAAAGGUAAUAUGAGUGUGUUUUCUGUCCACUCUGUAACUCUUGAACUUGAAGGAUUUCGAAGAAACUUGGCAUAAAUGUUCACCACACUGAGACGACGUGCAGAGCGCUUGUUUUGGAUGACUAGCUUCAAGGUCAAGGUCACACUUAGGAGUGAAAUGUCAUAUGAGUGUGUUUCGUGUCCGCUCUGUUACUCUUGAACUGCUUGAAUGAUUUCAAAGAAACUUGGCACAAAUGUUCACCACACUGAAGUGACGUGCAGAGCGCAUGUUUUGAAUGACUCGCUUUAAGGUCAAGGUCACACUUAGGGGUCAAAGGUCAUAUAUGACUUGCUUUAUGUAUAUUGCUCUGCAUUGCAGUGCUCUUGUUUUUAUUUGGCAAAUCCCUUUUUGUUCUCUUACAAUAACUUUUUUAAUUACUUCCCUUUUUUGUUACUAUAAAUAGCUUAUUUUGAAACAUUUUAUUAUUGGCCGUAGGGAGAAACCGAGACCACUUUUCUGUGGUACAACAUGGAUGGUACAUCCAAUUUUUAGAUGUAUUUUGACAUAAUUUUACCUGGUAAGAAUUUUUUGUGGACUUGUUGUUCCUGUCCUUUGGGCUUCGACAGUCAAGUUCUUUAAAUUUUUCUCCCAUCUUCUGGUGUAACCCUUCGGGCGUAUAUUGCCCCGCUUGACGGCGCUCUUGUUUUUCAAUGCAAUGAUACCUUCUAUGUUUAUCGUCUAAUCGUUUCCUCGUUUUUUACUAUAAUAUCGCAUUACUCUAAAAUGCAUCUUGCUUAUAAUAAUAACAACUAACAUAGUUAUGCAAGAAGUUCAUUCAAAAUAUUGAUUAGUAUUUACCAGCUGUAUUUGCUUGAUCUUAGCUUACUAAACCGUAAGUGAUAUAAAGAGAUGACUUUCAAUUGCAAUGUUAAUUUAGCAAUUUCCUCUAAGAGAUGAUUUUUAUUUUACAUGUUAAUUUAAAAAUUUCCUCAAUGAGAUUAUUUCUGAUUGCAAUUUAAUUUAGUAGUUUCCUGGAGACAUGACUUUUAAUUACAAUUCUAAUUUAUUAAUUCCCUCAAGCUUUAAACUUAUUAUUUAAGACAACUGGAGCAAUAUGCAGUCACCUAUCUUGUCUAUAACAAGGCAAUGUUCUAGAACUUUCUUAAAUCAGCAUGGGUUGUACUUUUGAGGCAACAUUCAUACAAUAUAAUGAAGGAUGUUGCAAUUUCAAUUGGCUUGUUAUCAAGAUUUUUCGAGGCAAUUAUCUGCAUCGUUUUACCGCACGGAAUGAAUCGACUAUACAGUGAUAUGAUUGUAUACAUACAUUAUAAUCCCACUCUAAAUGUAGUGUAUAAAUAAUAUUAAUACAUGAAAGAAACUGCGAAUACAAUACGAGCCAUUAUAACAGAUUAUAACGUUUGUAUGGUGCACCAGAGUUGGUAUAUCAACAAUGAGUUGCAAAGACAUUUACUGGCGAAGCCUAGGGUAAUAUUAAAUAAAAUCAACAGAGACAUCGCAUUGCAUAUCCAGCCUCCUAUUUACUGAAUUAUGUUAAACUUAAAGUAAUAUCAAAUUUCAACAUCAUCGAAAUACAUGAGUUCCAUUUUAAACAACAAUAUUGUGUGCAAGACAUGGAUACAUUGUAUGCAAGUCACGUUAUACUAUACCGGUAAUGCUUUUACCGGGCAAUUUAGCGAUUAUAAUGUAUUACUGAGGAAUCAAACGGAUGUCAGUGGAGGUCACAAAUAGCUGAAAGGUGUUUACGUUUCUGGUAAUAUAAAAUAAAACAAAUAUAUGAGAUAGGUUGAACACGAAUGUUUUAAUAAAAAUAUUUUUCAGACAUAUAUUUUUCGUGUUAAAAAUUAAUAAAAUGUAAAUUAGUAAUAAAUAUAAACAUUCAAAAACUGUAUACAGAUAGACGUUUUGAUAUAGAUUGCAAUUUUGAUAAUGAAAUAUGUGCGUAGAGCCAAAAUCCAAAUUAAGUAGUUAGAAUGUGUUUUGUCUCCUCAUCAAGGGAGGACAAUACGGGCGGAAGAAAAUCCAUUUUUAAAUGAGUUAUACUUGACAGGAAAUAUAAUACAAAUGUAAAGCCUUUAUUGGUUCAUAAUUGACACAAUAACUACAUUUUGUGAACAGGUUUUAUUAUCUCAUAUCACCAUCUCAAUUUAAAAGAAGAUGUUUCUAGAUGUUUAUAGUUUCCUUAUUUAUUUGAAAUUAUUUCAUUUAUUAUCUUCAAAUUGUGCUCAUUUAAAUCAUUAAAAUAUAACUCAUUGGAUUUGUUCUAUAUGAUUGUCAUUUUCAAGGUUAUGAUUUAAAAUGAAGAUUUUGCAGGAACAACAGUACAUAAUUUUCCAUAAGUUCUGAAAAAUUGUCGCUGUUUUUUUUAAAGAAUCAAGGAUUCCCAUUCUAUGUACAAAAGUUAUUUAAACAAACUGUUAACCCUAGAGAAAACUCGAGACAAGCUGGAUUUUGGACAAGGAGGGAGGGGCGUUGACGUUUCUUAAUGAACCUUCGCAUGAUGUAAGUAUGUAUCUGACCUAACAAACGUUCGAGGCAGGACUACCUUUUACAAUGUCUCUUCCGUAAGAAUAUUAAGAAGUGAUCUAUUUUCAUAAAUUCUUUGGAGAUAUCCUUUGGAAGCAUAGAAUGCAACAAAGCAACAAAAAAAAAUUUAGGGUUUUAUUGAGUCUGUUCAUGGGAGGUAAUGAAAAGUACAGCAUUCUUCACCCCUCUUUAGCACCGGUUUAUGCGGAAUAUUAUUUAAGUUAAAAGAAAUUUAUUCACAGAUCCCAGUAAUACCACUUAGUCCAAGUAGGUUGAGUUUUUUUAAGACGUCACAUGGUAUAUAAUGACUGCUAAUGUGAUAGUUGAUAAAAUCUUUUGAAAGGUGCUUUGGAAAAAUAAUUCUGUAUGAAGAUCCCUUAGAAGCAUAAAAUACAACUAAGCAACAUAACAGCAGACUCUGUAUUAUUGAGGCUUUUUAUGAGAGUUUAAAUGUUUAUAUGUUUAACAUUGCUCAUGCCCCUGAAGCACCGACAUAAACAAAACUCUAUUAUAGUAAAAAUGAGUGUGCUCCAUGAUAUAUAGUUUUAAAAACCGAGUCUAAGUACGGUAAUACUUUUACAAUGCCACACGGUACUUAAUGACUGUAGUUUUGAUAGUUAAUAAAAUAUGUGGAAAGAUUUCUUGGAAGUAUGGAACGCAAUGAAGCGACAAUAAUAGCAACACUGUUUGUUUGCUUCUAUCUAGGUUUCUGUCCGUGCCUAAAAUGAUGCUCAGACACCCUAAAUCAAUGACGUCUCGCAAGUUACUAUAUAAUAUAUUCAUAUGUAGAUGUGACGUUAAAACUAACACUAAAAGGAAACAAAACAAAAACAAAACGAGGUAAAAUUAGUCCUUACAGAAAUUCUAAGGUAUGAAGGAUAUAGAACUCAGAUGGACUUGGGCGUUUGUUUUCAUUCAUAUAGUAACGACUAUAUGACACUGAUCAUUGGGCAAAUUCGUUUAACUUUUGCGGCGUACGCUGUUUCACCGCGGGCAACCGGCUAGGCAUUCUUUUGACUUCACGGCAUUGCCCGGUCUAUCCGGCGAACUUGCGCCGGUCUUGCGGCAAAUAAUGUAUUUUCGCGAUAUAAAAAGGUAGAAAUAUACCGCAAGAAAUAUUUUGCUAACUUAUUUUGAACUGACCUCAAUAGAAAAUCAUAACAAAUUGAAAACGUUUUUAUUAUUAUUAUUUGCAGUUCACGUUGCAGGCGUACGCCGAAGCGUUCUUUAUGAUCAAUAAACCGGCGAGAAUUUUUUCUUGCCGCUCACGUGACCGGUAUGUCCCAGGUUGCGUGAAAUGAAUUGGUCCAUUUUUUGAUUUGCAAUCCAAUGAACUAUUGUAGACAUUUCAAUAUAUUGUAGACUCUGGUUGCAAACAUAUGUCACUAUAUCUUUAAGAAACUAACAUUGCAAACACGUCUAUGGUAUGACGCAGCCAGGUAUAUUUCAUAUUCUACUCUAAAAAAUGCAUUAUUGCGUUGUUUAAAACUCAACAAUUUGUUUAAACUUUAAAUAUCUUCCUUAUUACUCGCUUAAAAUAACAAUACAGCCAUAAUGCAGACAAUAAAAAAGUAAACUUCCUGAUUACGAGGCGAAAUUGUAAAAUCAUCUGGCGGAUAUUUUCAUAUUUUGAUCGGAAUUUACAUAUCAUUACAAAAAGCAGGUACAAUUUCAUAAGUCUGUUCUGUAUAUUUCGGAAUGACUAAUUGGGAUCGAGAGAGUGUUAUCUUAAUUUGUAAUGUAAUUUAUGCUAUUACAUGUAAUUUUCAGUAUGUUGGACAGACCAACCAAAUGUGCUGUAAACGCAUGAAUAGUCAUUGAUUUGAUAUAAAUCAUUAUCCAGAGUCUUACACUAAAUUACAUUUUUAUUCCAACCUUUACACAGUUGAUGACUUUGCAUUCAUACCAAUAGAACACAUAAAUGGUGAUUGGAAACGUCAACACUUAGCCUGCUGGCGGCAAGUGAUUUUGCCUUUGCCUUUGUGACCAGUGCAGACCAAGAUCAGCCUGCACAUCCGUGCAGUCUGAUCAUGGUCUGCAUUGUUUGCCAUUCAGUCAGUAUCGUUUUGAAAAGCACCCCUGUUAACAGUUAAUAUGGUACCGUCCAAAUUGAAAGAUGGACAUUAUAGAAAUUUAAUAAGCGUUCAUAUUUGAUGAUAAUUGCAGUAUUUACUACAUAUUCUACUCUACUGACAAACAAAAUAGAUAGAAAUACUGUAAUAUAACAAGAAUUAAGACCGCAAUGAAUACAACGACAGAAAUGGGCAACUUUACGACUAUUUCCACUGAACAUUUAAAUAUGACGAAUGGUGUGUCACCAGAAUCAAUAUCAAACGAACCUUACGAAAAUGCAACAAGUGAAGAUUGCGACGUCUUUUCACACCAGAAGUUAGAUACAACCACCGUUCAGAGUAUUGCGGUUCUAGCUACUACCAUAGCCUUGGUGGAAUUUGUGAUUAUAAUGGUACUUCUUAGAAGAUUUUGGCAUUCAAAAUGUAAUUUAAAAGGAGACCACAUACUUGAAAAACAAGAAGAAUGUUGCGAGCUUGGGAUUGUCAACAAAGUUUACAAAGAUAGUUAUCACAAUGAACAUGAUGCUGACACAGAGAAAAAGACAUCAUCACUACUAGAAACAAAGACAAAUGACAAUACUGGCAAGACUGGAUGUAACAAAACACAACGGAGAGACCCAGGCUAUAUAGAUAUUGACUUAACUGCAGAUAUACCGAUAGAGUCUGAAAAUGUCGGCCAUCAUACAAAAAUGAAAGAAACAGAAUUUUUCAAUAAAACAUAUUCCCAUAUUGAAGCGAGUUCUAUGUUUUCACUUGCGACAGAUGGUUCUUCAUACAGUCAUAUCAAGCGAAACAAUGAUGACAAUACACAGGACCAAACUGACACACAUAGCUGCACAAUUAUAAAAGCACAAAAGUCCUAUAUUCGUACCGACGAUGAUACGGAAUAUGACCAUGCAGUUUACAGAAAAGGUCAUCAGUCCAUUGCAGAUAAUAAUACCUAUUCUCGUAUCAGCUGCGUUGUUCCAAGACAGAACCCGUCUUUUAGAGUGAAACAGACGUCAGUUGAUGUCACAGCCGAAAAACCUUACAACUGGUACGAUGAUACUGUUAUACAGGAAGCAGAAAAUUGUAGCACAGGAUUAUCUGAAACAUAUUGUGAAAAAUCUGAUGAAAGCGAGAGAAUAAAGCUUGAAGAAAACUCGAGUUGCAAAAAUGAGCAAAAAUCUGUUCACGAAUAUAAAUAUAGCGUAGUAAAGAAACAAGACAUACGAGUAAGACAACAGCCGAAGUCUUCAUCAGUUAAACGAAAAGAAACAGAUGGCUCGUCCAAACAUUUGAAGCAUGGAGAGUAUACUAAAGUCAAAAUACAAAGUAAGGAUCUUGCGGCUACCGAAAGCACGAGUAGCAUUACUGAUUUGAACAUUCAACAACCUUUUAAACACAUUGUAGUAAUGAACGAUAGUACAAAUGAAAGUCAUCAAUUACCAGAGUCUGCCAUUGACAGUACAGGAAAAGCACUUCCGCAAAUUCAGGUAACUAACGAGUCGUCAGUACUGAAAACGGAGGAAAGUUGUGCAAAUAGUAAUAAAAGCAAGAUUUCUGAAAUCCCGGGUGGCACAAAAGGAAAUGCAACUGGCCCUCACUAUAAAUACAGCAAAGUGAGAAAGAAAAGUACAAUUUUAAUAAACCAAAGAAUAUCAACAACUGACUGUUCAGAUAAAGUUACAGUACAAAAGCCGUUAGGUAAAACAUCUUUGUCAUUAAAUUCUGAAAACAAGAUUGUCAUAACGGAAGCGAGAAAAACUGUUGAAGUUCCAGAUGAUGUCGACACAGAAACAUCUGAUCAUGCUGCUGGUGACAAAGACUUUCUUAUUGACCCCGAGGAUCAAAGUCAUGAAUAUAUUAAUAUCAUGAAGGUUUAAGUUUUAUAGCAGCAAUACUUAUCAUGGAAACAUUAGUUAAAAGAACUCCUUAAACCCAAUAAUUUCAAUUUACUUACAACUGUAUUAAAACUCACAAUUGUUUGCUUAUUUGUAAUUGGUGUAGAAUGAAUAGAAGUGGAAACAUCAACUACAAAGAGGCUUUCAUCGGAAAAUCUCAUUGGUUAAAUGAUAUAAAUCUAACAGGUUUAGUUGGCCAGGUUUGAAGUUAUAACAUUGGUCUGUGUGAAUAACCCUCGUAUAUUGCAUCUUCCAGUGUUCAGAGCAUAUGGAAGCAGCCGAAACAGCCAGCUGGGGUUCUUUUUGUAGACACUGGACUGAAUUUAACUUGAAUCUGCUUUAAAUUUUCUAGUGCAUUAGGGUAGAUAUACGUACUAGCGUUGUAGAGAUAUAGGUUUAUGAUGGUCGAUUCAGCUAUAUUGAAAUAGACGAACGUUUUAGCAGUCAAUUAAAAAAAAAAAGGAUUAUUCUUACAUACAGUUUUCAAAACCUUUCUUUGUGAUAAUGAGAUUAUAAGCGUUCUUUUAUUUGUUAUAUGUUUAUUGCUCACCACGAAUCAUUAUGUGUAACCUUAUCAUGGUAUCUCAUAAAAUUCAUGUUAUGAUCAUUUGUCUCUGUUAGUUUUGAUACACACUAUGUGACAAAAUUACUAUAGCUUUAAGCCAUUUGAUAGUUGGCCUUUCUUUCGGUACUGUGGACAAUAAUAUAACAAUCCUUCACGGAUUUAGGUGCAGUUUGAGGUUAACUUCCUAGAUUGUGCAGAGUUACCGUAAAAACAAAUACCCGAGAACCGGAUAUUUCCAUUUGCAUAGAUAUAAAUGAACUUUUCUGUUUGUAUGCAUUAAGAACGAUUUCAUUCGUAAUGGAUGUAUAUGUGCUCAUUUUUUAGCGACAUAGAUAUUUAAAACAUACAUGUAUAUUCUGAAAAACUAUCUUCAAUUGAUCCUGAGUAAUGCGAAUAGGACUGUUCUACACGGAAACCCAAAAUACAAAUGAUGUGGCAGCAAAUGAUAUGUCUUUUGUACAUUUAGAAACGAUACAAAUCGAAUGCUGAAAUAUCCGUCGAUAGUUAGAGAGAGAUAUCAUCACAAGCAUUUAAUUUCACCAUCUAUUUGAAUUGUAUUCUCACAAAUCUUGAGAACCUGGCAACCAAAACGAAGUCUGUUUUGUUGCAAAUGUCCUGUUUAAACGUUACGGUAUGUAUGUGAGCAGCAUCAAAGUUAAUAAACGCUUUCAAACUUUA